UUACACAACAUUUUUAAUCCGAUUAUAAAUCAAUAAAAAAGUUGGGUUCUUAGUGUCGGGACUAAUUGAUCGAGUAUCUUUGUCUCAAGCUAGCAACACUUUUUAAGCUAAGCGAGAAGUGACAUUCUUCUUAUUGACAACUGUCAAUUUAGGUCCAGUUUUAAAGUAUACAUUUUGGACGUAUUACUUAAUGUCAUAUAAGCUAGUAAAUCCAUAUAUUUAAGGUUAAUAAUUUCUAACUUCAAAACAUUCUUUAAAAAUGGUGCGUCAAGGUGAUAUCUAUUUCGCAGAGGAAACCAUAAUCAACGAAUUUGUUUCUAAAAUUUACGACUUGGUUGAAUUAUGGUGGUGGUGUGUGAUCGAAAAUCAUCCAUUAGUUGUGGCUAGAAGAUCGGCUAUCUGGCAGAAAGAAAUCGCGCGCAGAGUUCAAAUUACCGAUGAGGAUUUGGAACUUAAUUUUAUUGGAAUUUGCCCGGUGGACCACACAUUUUACAGACAUGUGCAGUCCUUUGGUGAUAUAUCAUCACUUCUUGCAUGGGCAAGAAGAUUUCAAUUGUUAGAGACUCGGCAAGUUCAAAUACGCUUGCGACAGUUAACAAUGGAGGGGGAACAAAAGGAAAUGGAAGAGGAUAACCAGAUGUUAGCCAACGCCCUUGAUGACUUCCAAAAGAAAAAUCAUUCGGGGAAGUCAACAAAGGUAAAAUCAACAAAGGAGAAGGGGAAGGGUGUAGCAUGUAAACUUUGUGGUUUCAUUUCUCGAAGUAAAAGAGAAUUACUGAUUCACAAGCGCCAGCAUCGACCAAGUUCUAUUGCUACAAAUCCAUCCAACUCCUCUACCUGUUCCAUUCCUGCCUCGCCCGGACCAUCCUCCUAUGGACGUUAUGUUCCGGACGAAUCUGGCCCGUCCACCUCCUCUGGACGUUACGUUCCGGAUAACUCUGGUCCGUCCACCUCUCCUGGACGUUACGUUCCGGACGACUCUGGCCCAUCCACCUCCUCUGGACGUUACGUUCCGGAUAACUCUGGUCCGUCCACCUCCUCCGCCAAUAUUGCGCCAACCGGAGCUAGACCUACAUUUAGAUGUAGGACAUGCGGAGAAGUUACCGUCAACAGACGGGAACUUUACCUCCAUCAGAGACUCCGCCAUCAACAUGGGGAAGGAUCUUCAGAUCUUCAGUUUCCAUGGGAAGAGAAUGGAGACCCUGCACCUUGGGCGGGUGAUGAAGAUUUAGAGAGAACAUAUAAAGCUAAUAGAAAUUUCAUUUUGGGAAAAGGCGAACAAGGUUCAGUCCAAAAAUCGGUAAACGUUCCAAUUCAAAAUGUAACAACUGAAAACUUGAUUGAAAUUAUUCAAAAUUCUUCUCAUUCCGAGGACCGGGCCUUUAGAUUAAAUCUAUCUUUCGGCUUUAUUCUUAGAAACAUUGAAACUGGUGAUUAUAGGUAUUUUAUACCUGACAGAAAUGAAUCAGUUUUUGAUCGCCCGGUCCUCAUUAACAACAUGUCUGAAAUCCAGAAAAAAUUACGCCUAAGACUAAAUUCAUUGAAUAUUUUGGAAUAUUUAUUAAGACAAAGACCAAACAGUAAAUGGCAGGUUGUACAAAUUACGAAUGUUAAAAUUUAUUUCUUCCGCACCAAAUUUUUAUUCAGUUAA